AUGCUCGAUAGUUCAUUGUACCUUUUUUAUCUUCCAGAUUACAAAAAUUCCAACAAAACGGCUCGCUUUAUUCAACGUGGUCAGCCUUUGCCGGAAUAUCUGGAUAAUUUUGAGAUUAGAUAUACGGCACCAGUAAUCCAGCCGAACAAUAGAGAACAACCUGCGAGCUCGAGUUUUUUCCGAGAUUUACGCAAAUAUCUAUCAUGGAACACGCUAUUUCUAUUUGUUCUCAUAUUUGGCGCAGCUAUAGCAGUGAUACUGACCAUCGUUCUUUCAGCUGAUUCAUCGCCGAGGGAAGACAUCAGGACAAUGUACUUCUCUAUGUAUAUUGGAGAUACCGAUGAAGAAGUUCAACGUUUUGAACGUUUUUUGCAAACUAGCAAUGACAACACUCACUGUAGUCUGGAAACGAACAAGAAUAACACGGAGAAGUCUAUUUUGGAAAUCACCAAAAGGGGAGUAAACCAGAGAUACUCUUUCAUUCUAUAUGGCGAUGAUGCAAAUGUCACCGAACCAAUGAAAGCUCGAGAUGCUGCAAAUGAACUGAAGAGUAUACGUGCAGAACAGCAAACUGCAGUGAAACAGACAAAAGCUCUCGAACAGUUCCGAAAGAAAUCCCAGGGAAGAGCGAAGGAUAUUCUGGUGCAUUACAUUCCUUGCAGAUUCAACUACUCGUCAGAAGAUGCUGAAACGAAGCAGUUUAUCGAUAUGAUCAGAAAGGCAGGAAGUGGGAAGAGGCCAUUGCUUGUUUCGAAUACAGAAAACAAGACUGUUUUGGCAAAGAUAUUCAAUAUCAGUGAAAAUGACGUCGUCGGCCAAAAUGAUAGUAUUGCCGAGAAGAUUGCGGAUAUUGCCGUACUCGUAUAUAAAUGCCGAAUGCUGCCUAAUGCACCAAAGCAGUAUCCUGCCAAACCUCAUGGUGGACGUACGUCAUCUAUGAGAGGCCCAGAAAUGAGGCAGUUUUUUGGUCCAGCCCCUAAAGAGAUCACGUUGAGCAUGUGA